AUGACACGCGCUACAUCGGUACCAUCUGUCUACGACACGCACUGCGACGGUCCGGGGCUUCUGCCUGUGACCAAGCCAUGGUCUCAGUACUACUGUCAAUUGCGCAAGUACACGAGUGAUGUCUACGCUACGCUCAAAUUUCCCGACUUCAAACACGCCGAUUACGACUGUACUGGUAAGACGGUGCUCAUCUCUGGGUCGAACUCGGGGAUCGGCAAGCAAGCUGCGCUGUACUUUGCUCGUGCUGGAGCGACGGUGGUGAUGGCAUGUCGAUUCACGGCUACGCACGAGCAGAAUCCAGAAGAAGCACGCAAAGAGAUUGUCGCUACGGCCGGUGUCGAUGACAGCAAGGUCGAGUUGUGGGAGAUCGACUGCUCGUCGCUCGCCAACAUCGAAAAAUUCGGUAUCAAGUGGCGAGAAUCGGGUCGCACGCUCGACAUCCUCGUGAACAACGCCGGUCUCUCGGCUGGCAAGCGUCGAAUCACAGACGAGGGCUUCGAGUUGACCCAUGUCAUCAACCUCCUCUCGCACUGCCUGCUUACGUUCUACCUGCUGCCGAGCCUGAACAAGAGCGCUGCUCCGCGAAUCAUCAACACGUGCUCGUGCUUCCAUGCGGGCGGCAAGCUCGAUUUCGCCAAUAUGGACAACGAAAAACUCACUUCACUGGGACCCGACUGUGUCCAGGCCUACUGCGAUACUAAGCUAUGGUUCUUGAUGUGGUCUGUUGAACUUCAGGAUCGGCUGUCCAGGUCGGACGAUUACCGCCAUGUCAUCGUACAUGGUAUCCACCCUGGCUUUGUUGGAAGCAACAUCUGGCACAACCCCGAUACGAGAAUCCCUUACCCUCUGCGUAUCAUCUUCCAGUCGGCGAUCAGCAAGCUCUCGAUCAACUCAGAACAAGGCAGCUACGCCAUCAUUCACGCAGCACUCGAGCCGAGCUUGGGUCUGCCCAAAAAGCUCACUUCAGCUCGCAACAAGCUGGCUGUCGGAGAAAGCGCCAAGUUCGGAGGCAAGUUUAUCAACCGUAACUUUGUCGAUAUCAGGAGACCCGAGGUGGACGACGUGUUGGCGAGGAGCAGGUUGUGGCAGAGAGUCUUGGAGGAUGUCGCUGCAGCCAAGCGCGGUGUCGCCGCCGAUCUGCCGGACCACUACGAGAGCGUCAAACUACUCGGUCAAAGCACCAAGUAA